AAACGAUCUCAGUUUUAGGCGAAUGUGUUCCAUUGAUCUCCCCUACUUUUGUAGUGUCAAAAAGCAACAUUAAUCCAGCGCGAUUUGACGUAUGAUCUUCAUUUGGUUAAGGAGUGAAAAUAUCUGGAAUGGUUACGCCUCCGGUUAAAUAUGGUUGUUAUUCCGUGUUUAAAGGUGCCGCAGCGCCAUGCACAACUGUACAGAAAAUAUCUACUGUCACAAGGUGUUUUGGACCGCAAGUACUGUACACAAAAGCACCCAGAUGGGACAGUAACGCUUCCACUCCGAGCAUCUGAUCUGCUUGAUAUCGUGGCACUAAAGGAGUAUAUAGCACAGGACAGCUUUUGUGAAAUUGUUGAUGUCCAGGUACCCCAGUUAUCAAAAAAGGAUAGAAAUAAAUCAGUGCAUGAGAGACUUGUAGAGACCACUCAGUCGCUGGUGGUUUCCAAAGGUGAGAUUUGGAGUGAAGAACUAAAGAGAGAUAUGCCUUGUCGCUGGCAAUGCCAUGGGGAUCUUGUCCUGUUUGGUGAAGGCUGCUUCUCUAAUGCAAUAUGGAAGGACAUUGGAUCUGAAUUCUGGACUGCAGUUGCCCAGACCCUGGGAGUAAAACGUAUAGCACAAAUUAAAAAGAUUUCCCAGGAUGGGUAUCGCACACCUAUAGUGACAAUGCUUUUAGGAGACAGCAGCUAUGUAACACACAUCGACAACCACAUCAGGUAUGAGUUUGAUGUCACGAAGUGCAUGUUCUCAUCUGGGAAUAUCACAGAGAAGCUCAGAAUAGCUUCUUUUGACUGCAGUGGAGAGACUGUGAUUGACUUAUAUGCAGGGAUUGGCUACUUCACUCUUCCAUAUCUGGUACAUGCAAAGGCUGCACACGUGCAUGCCUGUGAAUGGAACCCAGAUGCAGUAAAAGCUCUACGAAGAAACCUUCUGAUCAAUGGUGUGUUAGACUACUGCACUGUCCAUCAAGGAGACAACAGACAGCUUCCUUUAAGUGAUCUUGCUGACCGAGUGAAUUUGGGUCUCAUACCAAGUUCAGAGGAGGGUUGGCCUGUGGCAUGUCGUCUGCUAAAGAAGAGCACUGGAGGAAUCUUGCAUAUCCACCAAAAUGUCACUACACCUUUGCACCAUCAAACACCUGAACAUUCAUCUGCUAUAGAUGUCAAAAAGAGCUCUGCUGUGAAAGAAUCUCCUCUAAGGAUACAGAAAGAUAUGGAAGUGUGGACUGCCUGGGCAAGAGACACAGCAAGCCGUAUUUGUUUACUGUUGUUAGACAUCACUGGGGCCACAUGGAGGACAAACAUUAUGCACAUAGAGCAUGUUAAAACAUAUGCUCCACAUAUCAGUCAUGUAGUACUGGACUUGGAGUGUAGACCUCUCUGACACAAACACAAUUGUUCUGAUAAUUAGUAGGCCUAUUUAAGAGAGAUUGUACCCUCUGAUUGUUGUAAAUAUUGCAUUCUAUGCAUAUCAAUUUUAAUAAACAUAUAAUUCUA